UGCAAGAAGAACUUCAUUUUACCUAGCUGCUGAAGAAGAGCUUAUUAAAUGGUUAAAUGAACUUCAACAAAUAGAAAUUGCAGUAAUAUCAGAUUCUAUUAAAAUGCAAAUGUAUACAAUUUUAUUAACAACCUGUGCAGAUAAAUAUCCAGAUUCAUUCAAAGGAUAUCUUACUGAUAUUGUAAAAAAUAAAUGUGCAGUUAAUAAUAUUCAUAAAGCUAUUAUUCUGGGAGGUUUAACAUCAAUUGUACAACCUUUAGAUGAAAAAUGGCAUUUGUGGAUGAGUAAAGAAGUGUGGGAUGAUAUUUCUGCAGAAAUGAUUAUUAAAUCAUUUAAAAAAUGUGGUAUUUCUAAUGAAUUAGAUAGGAUAGAAGACGAUUUAUUAUAUAAUUCAGAUCAAGAGAAUAGUGAAAUCGAUGAUAAUGAAGAUUUGUUUGAGGUAGUUGAAGAAGAUAGUUUAUCUGCUGAAGAACUAGAAGAUUAA